AACGUCGCGAGGCCGCCCCCCGACUGCCGGCUGCGCUUCAACAUUAGCGGCUGCCGCCUACUCACCGACCGCGCGUCCUACGGAGAGGCUCAGGCCGUGCUUUUCCACCACCGCGACCUUGUGAAGGGACCCCCCGACUGGCCCCCGCCCUGGGGCGUCCAGGCGCGCAGUGCCGAGGAGGUGGAACUGCGAGUGUUGGACGACGAGGAGGCAGCGGCGGCGGCAGAAGCCCUGGCGACCUCCAGCCCCAGGCCCCCAGGCCAGCGCUGGGUUUGGAUGAACUUCGAGUCGCCCUCGCACUCCCCGGGGCUGCGAAGCCUGGCAAGUAACCUCUUCAACUGGACGCUCUCCUACAGGGCAGACUCGGACAUCUUCGUGCCUUAUGGCUACCUCUACCCCAGGAGCCACCCCGGCGACCAGCCAUCAGGCCUGGCCCCGCCACUGUCCCGGAAACAGGGGCUGGUGGCAUGGGUGGUGAGCCACUGGGACGAGCGCCAGGCCCGGGUUCGCUACUACCACCAGCUGAGCCAACACGUGGCCGUGGACGUGUUCGGCCGGGGCGGGCCCGGGCAGCCGGUGCCCGAAAUUGGGCUCCUGCACACAGUGGCCCGCUACAAGUUCUACCUGGCUUUUGAGAACUCGCAGCACCUGGAUUAUAUCACCGAGAAGCUCUGGCGCAACUCGUUGCUCGCUGGGGCAGUGCCGGUGGUGCUGGGCCCCGACCGUGCCAACUAUGAGCGCUUCAUGCCCCGCGGCGCCUUCAUCCAUGUGGACGACUUCCCAAGUGCCUCCUCCCUGGCCUCGUACCUGCUUUUCCUAGACCGCAACCCCGCAGUCUAUCGCCGCUACUUCCACUGGCGCCGGAGGUACGCUGUCCACAUCACCUCCUUCUGGGACGAGCCUUGGUGCCGGGUCUGCCAGGCUGUCCAGAGGGCUGGGGACCGGCCCAAGAGCAUACGCAACUUGGCCAGCUGGUUUGAGCGGUGAAGCGGCCCUCCGCUGGAAGUGACCCAGGGGAGGCCAAGUUGUUACCUUUUGGUCCUCUACUGUGCAUCUCCUUGACUGCCGAAUCCUGGGAGUAAGUUCUUCAAACACCUAUUUUUGCUCUAUGGGAAAAAGGCGAUUUUACCAAUGAAUGUUACUCGGCACAGAGAUGGGGGCCCGGUUUCCAUAUUUUUUGCACAGCUAGCAAUUGGGCCCCCUUUGCUGUUGAUGAGCAUCAUUGUUUAGGGGUGAAGGGGGGGCUCUUCUUCACCUUGUAACCAGUGCAGAAAUGAAAUAGCUUAGCUGCGAGAAGCCGUUGAGGCGGUUUCUCUGAAUUUCCCCGUCUGCCAUAGGCCGGAUUUGUGGCCCGUGCAGCCUCCAAAUCUCAUACACACUGUUACCGAUUCACAUUUUUCUGGACCGAGGUGAAGCAAAUUUCUGGUUGUAGAAGGAGCCUUGUUGGUGGAGAGUGGAAGGACUGUGGCUGCAGGUGGGUCUUUGUUGUUUGGAUUCCUCACAGCCUUGGCUCCUGAGAAAGGUGAGGAGAGCCGUCCAAGAGGGGCCGCUGACUUCUUUAAUAAAGUACUAUCUGUUCCCGUCCUGUGAAUGGAAGCAGGAUUGUCCUUGGAGGAGAGUUAAGAUGAAUACAUGGGUGCACCUCACUUUACAUAAGAAAUGUAUUCCUGAAAAGCUGCAUUUAAAUCAAAUCCCAAAUUCACUGACUUAGGGGAGUUCAGUAUUUAAUGAAACCCUAUGGAGAAUUUAUCCCUUUACAAUGUGAAUAAGCAUCUCCUAAUGUUUCUUCUGUCUUUCUGUUUUUCCAUAACCUGGAUUUUUUAAAGGCAUAUUAAAAUUACAGAUGUGAAAAUAAAGCAGAAGCAACCUUCUUCCCUCUUCCCAGAAAACCAGUCUGUGUUUACAGACAGAAGAGAAGGAAGCCACAGUGUCAGUUCCACACAAUUAUUUAUUUCAUGUCUUUACUGGACCUGAAAUUUAAACUGUAAUGCCAGUCCUGCAGGAGUGCUGGCAUUACUCUCUGCAGAACAAUGAAAGGUAUUGCACUACAUUAUGCAAUCAUAUAAAAGAAAAAAAAGUUUCAUGAUGUCUGUUAGUGGCAGUUUUAUCUCUGUCAGUUUUUAGUUAAAUGUUUAGAUCCUCGGAGUUACAUUAGUGCCUACUAUUAACUUACUCUUGUCUCUUGUUAAAGGCUAAAUCUGCACUUCUCCCUGGUGCCAGCAGGUUCCCCUCGUAGUCAACGUAGUGGUAUAGCAUAUCCUCACAUUUCCAGUGCCCUUGGGACUGUGCUGUGGAACCAAUCUUGAACAUACGUGCAUUGAUUUGACAAAGUUACUGAGUAAGCAGCAUAUUCAGCAGGUGCCACUACAUAACUACUCUGUGCCAAACACUGAGCUUGAGGCCCUAGGGAAGACAGAGAAUUAUACAAGGCAAAGUUCUUCUCUUUAGGGCGCUUAUUAUCUGUCACUUCCAAAAAGUAAACAUGACUGAUAAAACAAUUGGCAGAACCUGUUUGAUUACUGUGACAGUCUUAAUGAUACCAUAAAUCAAUAUGAGAAAGCUAGUUGACUUAAAGCCUGAAAUAAUGGGAGUUUUCUCCUCCGCUUAUUAGAAUAAGGACCCUCAGUGACUAAUUAUUGUGGAUAGGGUCAAGAUUAACUAGUUUUAUACAGAGUUCUGCUGUAAAUAGUCAUUUUACAUUUGAUUAGUGCAAUUAACUGAAUCAAAAAGCAAGUUUUACCUCUCUGUACAUGUUUUUGCAGACAUACUUGAAAAAUUCACUUAAAUCUAGGUGCUUCAGUUCACUUUCUUGAGAGGAGAAAUGAAAAGCUUUGGAGAAAAUGUCCCCAUUGAAGUUUUAUAGUGAGGGCAGAAUUACAAUUACAAAGUGCCAGCCACCGAAUAAAGAUAAAAGUUCAGUUCUUAAAAUGAGUUUUUAUGAGAUAACAGUCAGUGAUCUUGAUAUUCCUGGGAUUCUACAUGGGGCAGUGGGAAAGAGUUCAGGUUUUGAAGGUAAUGUAGUUUAGAUUUGAAUUCCAGCUAUGUGACAUUGGGUAAAUUCGUAGUAGCCCUGAGCCUCAGCUUCCUCAUCUGUAAAAUGACUGAGGAAAAUACUUCACAAGCUCAUUUUGAGCACUUUAGGAAGUGAAAGUACCUAAAAUAGCAGGCACCCAACUGAUGAUUUUAUAUCUUCCUUCUUUGCUUGCAUUGAUUUCAGGAUAUCCUCUUACCAUUUAUAGGUCUAAAAUUAUAUCUCAAGGUAUGUUGUACAAUAAAUCUAAAAUAAAAAGGAUGAAUCAUGAUUACCAUUUAGAUUAAGCUGGACUUGCAAACUAGGAAGAAGCACCUAGGCUUUCUUUGAAUAUAUUUUGUUUGUUUGUUUUUGUCAAGCUCUAUAGUUAAAUUAGUAUCAUUUAUUUUACCAAUUUUUUUAGUAUUAAGUCCAUUUAGAACUAACCAUAUUAUUUAUGGAAUAUUUAGCAUGAGGAAGGUAUAAUUGCAUUUUAUUUAUUUAUUUAUUUUUGAGACGGAGUCUCUCACUGUCACCCCGGCUGGAGUGCAGUGGCAUGAUCUCGGCUCACUGCAACCUCCGCCUCCUGGGUUCAAGCGAUUCUCUUGCCUCAGCCUCCCGAGCAGCUGAGACUACAGGCACUCGCCACCAUGCCCAGCCAAUUUUUUGUAUUUUUAGUAGAGACUGAGUUUCACCAUGUUGGGCAGGCUGGUCUUAAACUCUUGACCUUGUGAUCUGCCUGCCUCAGCCUCUCAAAGUGCUGGGAUUACAGGUGUGAGCCAGCGUGCCCAGCCAUUGCAUUUUUACUCACAUACACGUUGUUAAUAUGGAAAAAUGUGUUAACACUAAUCUCAUCAGAGAGUAAGAUAAAUGUGGCAAUUGCUCAUUUUAUUUUGCAUAUAUUAAAUUGAGUAGGUUCAGCUCUAACAUACCUUAAGAAAAAUGCAUAUCAGUGCACUGUAUGUAUUUCAGAAUGCCUUUCCUAUGAUUGUCAUAUCCUACUUUAAGGCUUUUCCCUCAAAUUUAUGACAAAUUUAGUAUUUUUAGUACUUGAUGACUCUAAUUACAUGAAUGCACCUGGAAUGACAUUUGUAUCAGGAGACAGUCUGACUUGCUUUCAGUAUUCACAAGUUCUUUCCAGUUUCCAAGUCUUUCCCUAGCAGUAAUUCAGGGGAGAGAGGGGGGUUUCACAUAAAGAGCGUGCAAUUUGGAGUCAGAACCUGGGUAUGUGACUCUGUGGCCUUGAUGAAGCAAGUUAUUUAAACUCUUUUGAGUUUCAGCUUUCUCCUUUAUAAUGCAUGAAUGCCCAUCCCCCUACAAAACAAAGAUUGAUGACGUAUGCCAACGUGCUUUGUAUAUUGUAAAGUGCUAUAUAAUUAUAAGAUGUUCUAAAUUUUCAAGGAUCUAAACCAGGGAUUGGCAAACGUUUUUCCAGAGAGUAAAUAUUUCACACUUUGCAUAUAUAAUUUAUGGAGGUGUUGAGAGGAUAGAUUAGACACUUGAAGUACUCAGGAUAGUGCCUGGCAUGUAGGAAGCACCUGGAAAAUAUUCGCUGUGAUUACCAUCAGUCCGUUUUACCGGGGAAGGAGCCAAGGUCCAGGCCCACUGAAGGAUGUGCAUAAGAUUACAGUAGCAGUGGCAGAACCAGCCAUGCUUGUGCAAAUCACAAUCCCUUUGAGCCUCUGUCACCUGAACUGCAAAAUGAAUGGGUUAGACAAAAUCAUCUCUUGGGACCUCCUAGUUCCACUUGCUGUCAUUCUACUAACUGGCACCCUAAGGUUGAAAGUGCUAAUCUGCUUUCCAGUGUGGCUUCCUUACAGUCUGGAACUGACAAUAUGCAGGAGCAGUAAACUGGUAGAAAACCAGGAAUCAGAGAAAGAAAAUAUGAUUUAGCUUCAAAGAUGUAAAUUACAUAUAUAGUAUACUAUAUAUUUUUUUAAAGCAUUAUAUGCCUCAGAUAUCAGGGAAAGGAGCCAAGUCCUUGGUAUUUAGUUUGGUGAAUACUUGCAUUGAAUACAUGUCAAGAUGUCAUUUUUGAAAGUGUCUCAGGGAUUUCUAUGCUACAGAUUAUUUUAACAAAUCAAAUGUUUAUGUACACAUGUUCAGAUUUUUUGACAAACUGAUUAAAAUAAUAAGAUGGAAAAUGA